AUGGCAGACUCUAGCUACCGACGGAACCGCCGGCCGGACGGCGACCGAGAACGCGGGAGUGGCGGCAGCAACCGCAACCGCGAUCACAACGACCGCAACAACCGCAACGACCGCGACUACGAUCGGGACCGUGGUGGCCGUGGACGUGAUGACCGUGGGCGUGAUGGCCGUGGCGGUGACCGCCAUCGCCGCUAUCGGUCGCGCUCACGCGACGGCAGAGACUACCGCGACCGCGACCGGCGUGACAAUCGCCACAACGACCGCAGCGAUCGGGGCGACCGCGAGGACCGCCGCCGGGCCGACGACGACGACGACGACGACGACGACGACGACGACGACGACGACGACGACGACGACGAGCAGGGCGGCCUCCUGCGCAACAGCGCCUCGGCAGGCCUGCCGAAUAGAACGCGUGCGCGGCCCGGCGAGAGCGGCGGGUCGGCGUCCAUGUCCACGUCCACGCCCACGACGUCUGCAUCUGCGUCUGCAUCGGCCGUCGCCCCCAUGUCCUUCCGUGUCGGUGGGGGCCACAACAGCAGCAGCAGAAGCAGCAGACACUACGACGACGCUGGAUAUGGAGAGAUCGACGGCUACGACGAUGCGGACGGCCGAGACGACGGCGAGGCCGACAUGGAGGGCGGUGGCAGUGGCGGCCAUGUCGACGGCGACGACGACGACGAUGUCGAGGUCGACGACGAUGGCAUGGAUGCCAUGCAGGCCAUGAUGGGCUUCAGCGGCUUCUCGUCCACCAAAGGCACCAAGGUGGCGGGCAACAAUGCAGGCGCCGUCCGCAAGGCCAAGCGCACCCAGUACCGCCAGUACAUGAACCGGCAAGGCGGCUUCAACCGGCCGCUCAGUCCGUCGCGGUAA